AUGUUGUUGUUUGAUCUUUUUACCAUUACUCGCUCGCUCGAUAAUCCAGGGGAAUCCUGCAGCUCCCAAAGCGAAGGUAAUUAUGGCUACAUUAAUUAUUAUGAGGAUUCUACAUAUAAAAAGAAACUAGAAUCUUACUAUCACAACGGAAACAAGUACGAUUGGAAUUGGGCUAUUGGGAGUGUUUGCCCUUUAACAACUGGAUCACAUACUAUUCAUGUUGAAGCGUAUCCUGCAUUACAAUCAUCUUUUGAUGGGGAAGAUUAUGUCGACAAAGGAGAUUGGUGUUCUGGCACUCAGAGUCAUGACUUUACCAAAACAUUAUAUGCACACAGAUGUUAUCCAUUAAUGAUUGCAGAUUAUACUAAUUGUAUUUUUGGUGUGAACUUACAUGGGUAUAUUGAUGGCAAUCUUAUUACAAACACAACAGCCACAAUAUUAGACUGCCUUACAUCAGAUUGCAUGAAAGGAUACUAUACUGACACAUGUGAAAAACAGGUUGAUGCGUUUUGUAAUGGAAACGGUUCUCCAGAAUAUGGCCGUGACUCAUCGGGUAUUGGAUGCGUCUGCACAAGCCAUGGAUCAAACUUGUUCUGUGAAGACACUUCUCAGUAUGCUUUUCCAGCAGGUAGCAGAGGAGUAAAGUUUACUUCAUACUACAACUCAAGUAGAAAUGACAAUUCUGCAACAUAUGAUGAUUUCACAACAAAAGAGUUCUAUGAGUCAUACACGACUAUUGAACUGAACUCAGUCCUUUGGCAACCUCAGAACUCAGACAUGCAGUUCCAACUGACAUCUGUACCUAAUGCAGAGCUUUACAUUGAUGGAACUUUAGUUGGUGGAUCUUUAUCUGAUCAAUAUGGAUGUGAAGAGCUUGAGCAGACAGUUAUUACAACAACGAAGCAAUACUUAAAGCGUGGACGCCAUACAAUUAAAAUUGUCAUGAGACCUGGUUGUGCAAUGUUCCCACAAUCAAUGAGACUUCAAUGGAUGUUCUACCGCUGGUAUUCAAAUAAUCCUACAGGCUUUGAAGAUAUUCCAGCUCGUUACUUGGGCACAGCUUAA